UUUGAUUUGAUUUUUUUUUUCUUUUUCUUUUGAAAGUGGGGAAUGGCUUUUUUUUUCUUCUUCUUCUUUUUUUCUCAGUAAAUUGGAUGGUAACUAUGGUCCCUGCUACUACUAGUAGCUAACAUCGUCAUUAUCUUCUCUAUGUUCCACUAAAAUCUCCUCCUCAUUCCCAUCAUCCCAUGGUAUGUUCAUUGGGGUUAUGUGUGUGCGUGUGUAUCUGCCGAGCAUGUACCCGUCCCUUUCUUCUUCUGCUUUGUUUUCUUUUUCCUUCCGAAGCGUGCCUUUUACCCUUUUUGGGCAGGGUAACGGGGGGUCAGUUCUUUGUUUCGUUGAGAGGGGUCAGUCAGUCAUCUGUCGCACAUGCUUACCUUUCGCGGCCCUCCUCCACUCCCACCCCCACCUUGCUACGUAGGCCAUUGCCUUAUGCGGAGAUGAGUUCCCGAUCGGGUAUAUGGUUGGUUUGACUCCGUUCAUUUCAUCUACUCCGUACAUACUCCAGUUUUCUUUAUGUAUCCAUAGAUCCAUCUAUGCCAUUGUUUGGGUGUAGAUUUGGA